AUGGUGAGUGUGUGGAGGGUAUGUUCGGCCGAGCUUAUGGAGAAGGAGAGAAGAAGUUGUGGAGUGGAUGAAGAUGAUAAGUGUUUAAGAUACUCUGUGGUGUUUGUGCCGUUCACUGGUAUAGACAAUCAUCACUGCAAUGUUACAUUUGGUGCAGCAUUGUUGGCGUCGGAAACUGCUGAUACGGAUAUUUGGUUGUUAAGAGUUUUUCUAAAAGCUGUUGGUUCUCAACCAAAAGUUGGUGUUAGGCUAUGCAAUUCCACCAAUUUUAAAGAACAUAUUUGUGGUGUUCUGUGGACGGAUAUUCUCACACCUAAAGAGUUUGAAUCAGAAAGGGAAGCGGUUAUUGCAGAAUUCAAUUUAGAAGAUAGUGUCUGGCUAUCUGAUAUUUUUGCACUUAGGGAAUCUUGGAUCCCUGCAUACUAUAGAAUGGAGCAUAUGUCUGGUUUUAUGCGAAAGACAUCCAGGUCGGAGAGUGAGAAUCAUUUUUUUGGUCAAGUGUGCAAUUCGAAAGCUACUCUUGUUGAGUUCAUGACGCAUCAUGAGACUGCAAUAGAAGCACAGCGUCACACACAUCGUAAAAAUGAUCAUGAAUCUCGAUACAAAAGACCCCAGUUGAAGAGUAGUUACAAAUUGUUGGAAGGGCAAGCUGUUGAUAUAUACACAAAAAGUAUUUUUUGUGAUGUUCAAGCUGAGCUUAUUGGAGUUGCGGAUUGCAUAAAUCAAUGUUACGAAGAUCAGCCUGAUGAGUUUGUUAAGUUUUACGUAAAUGACUUCCAACAGCUUUACAAACAUUCUAUGCAUGGCGUUAUAGAGAUAUUGUUUUUGGCGUUUUUCAGGGAAUUUCCAAAACAAUACAUUCUGAAUAGAUGGCACAAAGAGACCUCUCCAAACUUCUCUCCUGAAUUCUCAAUUAGUCGUGAAUAUAUGACCGAGCUUGAUCCUGAUGUGCAAAAGGAGCUCUCCUUAUACAAGGAGGAUGUUCAAUCUUAUAUGAAGAAGGUUCAAGAUAUGCAGAUUGUUGCUCCUCCCGCUAGUUCUAGGGAUAGAUUUGCCGAGAUAACUGGUCAAUAUAAAAACGACAAGAAUCCGAUAGGAGUCCCUGUAGGUUAUAAAUCCAAAGGUUCUGGUUCUCGGAAGCGCAUGAAAUCUAAACAGGAGAUAGCAAUCGACAAAAAGAAAUCAAAAUCGAAACAUGGGGCCAAAAAAGACAGUGUCAGAACUGCAAAGCCUAUGGACACUACGCAUCAACAUGCAAACAGAUCGUAA